AUCGAUGGCCGCCCUGAGCCCCUCACGCAGCCCCUCCCCGCCCGCAGCCCCGCCCGCCGCCAUCGCGCCCGCCCCCAGCCCCGCCAUGGCGGCCGUGCGGGACGUGGAGAUCGACCCCGAGGGCACCUUCAAGUACAUCCUGGUGCGCCUGCAGCGCCCGGGCGGCGGCGAGCAGCGGGACAUCGUCCGCGGCACCGGGGCGGCCGAGUUCCACAAUCAUAUAUUUGAAAAAGUGAAUCCUGAGAUGGAAAAGCUGGGAUACGAGUGCAAGUGCCUUGGAGGAGGGAAAAUUGAUCACAAUAGCAAAGACAAGAAAAUCAGGGUAUUUGGGCUCUCUACAGGCUAUGGAAAAGCAGAUCACUCUGUGACUGUAGAGAUACUGAAGAAAGUGUAUACAGACUAUGAAAUCACAUGGUCAGAUGACAAGAAAUAAACUGUGAACACAAUCAGCAGUUCAAAACUCGUAACUGUGAGCUGUACUUUGAUUACAAAUAAAAGUUCAAUGUGUCUAUGUAUGUAGGCAUAAAUCUGGA